AUUUGCAUGCGAUUUAAAAAAUAAUAAUAAUGAAAUGUGAUCAUCAGUGCAGUGCCAUGAAAACGAAAUGAUAUGGAGAAGAGCAAACCGGGGAUGAAGAGUAGGAGCCUCCGUUAGAGCAGCUCGGUUUCAGAACAGCAAUGAGAAUUGGAGCUGGAGAUGAGUGAAUACCUGGGCUUUGUUCAUUUGUUUUUAGUAACCAUUGGCGCCCAGGGCAGGUUGAGCGAUGCCUGGUUAAGUGGAAUAUAGUAGGUCAUAGGGGUUGAGAGGACACUCGAGUGUACAUUGGCGUGGUGCAAGGGCACUCACUUGCCCAGACCAUGUGUUUGGCAGAGUUUACGCACCAUGUGUUGCCUGCACACCUAUCAAAUCGGCGAGGAACCGCAACCAUCACCACCCGCCGUGGUCUUUUAAUGUGGAUGUUAUGUUCCUACUGGCCAUUUACAGUGGUGACCAGCCAGAACUUCAACCCGACUGUGAACACCCAGUUUGGGAAGCUGAGGGGCCUCCGGGUUGCGGUGCCAGGCGAGGUCCUUAAGCCCGUUGACCAGUACCUUGGGGUGCCGUAUGCUGCCCCUCCCAUCGGGGAGAAGCGCUUCAUGCCCCCAGAGCAGCCCUCUUCCUGGUCAGGGAUCAAGAAUGCUACCCACUUCAUGCCCGUGUGCCCUCAGAACAUCCGCAACACAGUGCCUGAGAUCAUGAUGCCCAUAUGGUUCACCUAUAACCUGGACACAGUGGCCAACCUCAUUCAGGAUCAGAACGAGGACUGUUUGUAUUUAAACAUCUAUAUUCCAACAGAGGAUGACAUUCGGAACACUGAGGCUAGGCCUGUGAUGGUCUACAUCCAUGGAGGAUCCUACAUGGAGGGGACAGGAAAUAUGAUCGAUGGGAGUGUGCUGGCCAGCUAUGGGAAUGUCAUCGUCAUUACUCUCAACUACAGGGUCGGAGUACUAGGGUUCCUCAGUACAGGUGACCAGGCAGCUAAAGGAAAUUAUGGACUCCUGGACCAGAUCCAAGCCCUGCGUUGGAUCAGCAAGAACAUUGGCUAUUUUGGAGGAGACCCUGGUCGCAUCACUGUCUUUGGAUCUGGGAUCGGAGCAUCCUGCGUCAGCCUGCUCACACUGUCCCAUCACUCUGAGGGCCUGUUCCACAGAGCCAUCAUCCAGAGUGGCUCAGCCCUGUCCAGCUGGGCUGUCAACUAUCAGCCUGUCAAGUACACCCGCAUGCUGGCCGAGAGGGUGGGCUGCAACGUGCUGGACACCCUGGACAUGGUGUCCUGCCUGCAGAAGAAGAGUGCCAGAGAGCUGGUGGAGCAGGACAUCCAGCCAGCCCGCUACCACGUAGCCUUUGGCCCCGUCAUCGAUGGUGAUGUCAUCCCUGAUGAUCCUGAGAUCCUGAUGGAGCAGGGCGAGUUCCUCAACUAUGACAUCAUGCUGGGCGUCAACCAGGGGGAAGGGCUGCGCUUUGUGGAGACUGUUGUGGACCUGGAGGACGGCGUAUCUGGCAGCGAUUUUGAUUUUGCUGUGUCAGACUUUGUGGACAGCCUGUAUGGCUACCCGGAGGGGAAGGACACUCUGAGGGAGACCAUCAAGUUCAUGUACACGGACUGGGCCGACAGGGACAACCCGGAGACCAGGAGGAAGACAUUAGUUGCCCUGUUCACUGACCACCAGUGGGUGGAGCCCUCAGUGGUGACGGCUGACCUGCACGCUCGCUACGGCUCGCCCACAUACUUCUACGCCUUCUACCACCACUGCCAGAGCCUGAUGAAGCCUGUGUGGUCGGACUCGGCCCACGGGGACGAGGUGCCCUAUGUGUUUGGCAUCCCCAUGGUGGGAGCCACUGACCUGUUCCCGUGCAAUUUCUCCAGGAAUGACAUCAUGCUCAGCGCUGUGGUCAUGACCUACUGGACUAACUUCGCUAAGAGUGGGGAUCCCAACAAGCCAGUUCCUCAGGACACCAAGUUCAUCCACACCAAGGCCAACCGCUUUGAGGAGGUGGCCUGGUCCAAGUACAACCCCCAUGACCAGCUGUACCUUCACAUCGGCCUGAAGCCUCGCAUCCGCGACCACUACCGCGCCACCAAGGUAGCUUUCUGGAAGCACCUGGUGCCCCACCUGUAUAACCUCCAUGACAUGUUCCAAUACACCUCCACCACCACCAAGGUCCCUCCCCAGGAUACCACCAACUCCAACGGUAAGAGGACUGGCACCACCAAGCGUCCGCCUGUCUCCACAGCCCACAGCAGUAACGGGGAUGAGGAGGAAACGGGUCCUCUGAUUGUGGCUAACCCGAGAGAUUACUCCACUGAGCUGAGUGUCACCAUCGCUGUGGGCGCUUCACUGCUGUUCCUCAAUGUGCUGGCCUUUGCCGCGCUCUAUUACCGUAAGGACAAGCGCAGCCGGCAGGAUGGCCACGGCAGCCCCCAUCAAGCCAGCCCCCAGCGACAGAGCAACGGCAACGAAGUGAGCCACACCACCACCACCAUCGACGAGAGCCUGUCCCAUCAGAUGACCCAGAGCAGCCAGAUGAACCAGUGUGACACCCUGCAUGACCUCCAUGAUCUCCACGACCUCCAUGACCUUCAUGACCUUCACGACCCCCUGCACCUCUCCACCAACAUGGACUACACCAUGACCCUGCGCCGCUCACCAGACGACAUCCCCCUGAUGACACCCAACAAUAUCACCAUGAUCCCCAACUCCUUGAUGGGCCUUCCCAAUAUGCACCCCUACAGUACCUUCCCAGCCGGGUACAACUCCACAGGCCUGCCCCACUCCCACUCCACCACCCGGGUAUAGACCCAGCCUGGGACAGAUGACAUACAGACCACAGGGGACAGAGAUUGUAGAGGUGAGUUGAGGUGUGUGCUGUGCUGUACAGUAGUUUAGGAAUGAAUACAAAACAGUAGUUGGUAUGGGAUGCGUGGGUAAGAUAAGUUUGAAUUUAUGUUCAUACUGCAAGAGCCAUACAAAGCUUUUUCUGCUCAAAGGGUGCAUAAUCGCCGCCAAUAUAAUACUACUGCCUCCUCUUCCUCACAGAAGGAGGUCUAUAAGCAGUGUCAUUUUCUUAUAAUAAUUUUCAAAAGCCUUUGUGAGCUGGUUAAAACGUGGGGAAAAAAAGCUUUUUAUUUCCCAUUCUUGUCUUUUGAGGGUAACAUUUAUUUGGUUCUUUCUUGUACAACCUCAGUAUAGUGUUUGUACAGUUGGAUUUGUACGGGAAGCUUUUUUCUUACUAUGAUAUCUGUUUUGAUUUUCAACAAUUCUUUGUGGAACAAUUAACAUCUGGACUCAUCCCUGACUGAAGGACAUUUGUAAAAAGCAGAAAAUCUGUGUUAUGAAGCUAUUUUAUACAUAUUCCUCAUGUUACUCACAACUUAAAAGGGUAUUUUUUACUUCCUGACUAAAGAAUGGCUUGUUACUGUAACAUUCUCUGCUUAGAGAAAUACUGUUACGGUGACUGUGAUGAAUUGAACCUUUACUACAACAUUGAUUACAAUUUGUAGUAAAAGUAUCACAUUUAUCCAAACAAUAUUUCUAUUUGAAUAUGCACAACGUGUGUGCGUUUGUGUGUGUGUGUGUGUGUGUGUGUGUGUGUGUGUGUGUGUGUGUGUGUGUGUGUGUGUGUGACUGUGUGUGUGUGUGCGUGUGUUUGUGUCUGUUUGCGUGCGCGUAUGUUUGUGAGCGUGUCUGCGCACACGCAAAGUGCAAUGUACAAGUGUAAAUUGGUAAGACAUUUGUUUGACAUUUGUUUGAAGUAUUGGCUUUCAUCAUAUUAGUGUUGUACUCCGAUCUAUGGUCGUCUGUUUAAGUACCUUUGUUAUUUUUCAGUUGACUGUGUCUUCUUUUGCUAAACCCGUUCUGCGAAUGCGACUUCUGCUUUGUUAUAAACAGAGAAUAGCUUAAGAUGGCACCUACUCUAACCAACUGAUAUGAUUCCAUAGGCUUGGCUUGUUUGUACAGAAUAAACUUAGACCAGCAGUUUUUUAAUUGUUAUUUGUUUAUAUGAAUAUAAAGGUAUUCAGUAAGAUAAUUAAGUAUAUCACAAUUGUAUGUAUAAACUACCUGAAUCAAUCAGAUUUGAAAGAGUUUUGCUUAAAAUAUUGCAGAUUGAGAAAGCUGAGAUUCACCCAUAGGCUUCAUCCCAUUUACACAAAACCCAGAUUUUGCAGCAUAACACGUUUUGAAGCAUUACUAUGAAAGUGUCUUUUGAAUUCAAUGUGAACACUUCACAGUAUUAUUCUGGGAGAAUGCACAUCGCUCUGAGAAUUAUUGUCAUCUUGCUUUCUUUGAUACGAUCAUAGAACACAAUUGACUAAUACUACUGUUCAAUAUCAAUGGGCUGAUUAAAGAUUUU